GUGUUACAUACACAGUAACCCAGCUUUGAGGCUCUGCGUGCAUCGUUACGGGAGUUAAAAUCGCACACGGCUCCCAAAAAGAGAACUAUUGAAGGGACUGGUAUUGCUCGUGAGGUGUUUGUGGAGUUCGGACUGAAAACGGACUUCUUUUAUUUAUUUUUUUAUUUUUUUAUUUAACCUGACUGUGAGAGGGAGACGUAAUGUGUCCCAUACCGAAGACCAAGUUGUCGCUGAAAAUUGGAAAAUGUCACGCUUAAUACGAACAUUAUUCACCGGCUGGCUGUUAGUGUGUCAUUAAAUGCUUAAUUUCUUGUUGGUGCUACACACUGAAGCUCCGUCGACACUGCUACGGUGAACAACAACAAGCCGUAUUUGCCUUCUUCCGAGGACCAGGACAGAGUUACGCUGUUGCGGUGACAUAACGCGUUCUGCCAUGGACCUGCUGGAGUGUCCGCUCUGCCUCUUCCUGAUGUGCGAGCCAGUGACCAUGUCGUGCGGUCACUCUUUCUGCCGGAGGUGCGUGGACGGCUGCCACCUCCCGUCCAAAUGCCCGGCGUGUAAAGUCCGGCUGAAACAAAGGGAGGUGAGAGGCUCGAAAAACAACGUCCUGCUCAUCGGCGUGGUGGAGAAGUGCUGCCCCGAGGAGACCAGCGCGAGGAGCCUCAUCCUGGAGAAGCUGAGAACCAGCGGGUUCAGCGAGGCGAUGCACAUCAUCAAUGAGCGGCUGCACGCAGUCCCAGAUGACCAGAGUCUGACGCUGUACAGAGCAGAAGCAAACUGUGGCCUGCUGCAUUUCUCCGAUGCUCUGACGGACCUCGACUACCUGUGCUUCCUUCGUCCUAACUGGACCGAGGGUUUCUAUCGUAAAGGGAAUGUUCUUCUGGAAAUGGGUCAACAGACAGAAGCUCUCAUCCAGUUCCACCAUUGCCUCAAACUUCAAGCUGACUUUGUUCCUGCAAAGAGCCAGAUCAAGAAGAUCCUGGAGGCAGAGGGCAUGGCAGUGCCGGAGGAGGUGUCCUGCAUCCUGCAGGUUGUGUCUGAGUACUUGAAAGAGCCCUGCCCCAUCACCAGCCUCAGUGGAUCACAGGGGCUCACACACUUUGAGGGCCUCAAACACCCAGUGAGAGAGGAGGGAGAGAGCAGAGAGAGGAGAGAGACACACCAGGUGAAACAUGACACAGGUACCGAGUGCUGCCUUAGCCUCUGCCAAGCUGUUUCCUUCCUCCCAGUGGCAGAAGAGGAUGAGGAGAUGAUGAUGAGGAAAGAAGAUGGACAUGGCAGACGUGAAAGUAAUGACCGCAGAGAGAAAACACUGGCUGUUCUCACUGUGUCAGACUUUGAGUGCCCUCUCUGCAUUAGGUUGUUUUAUGAGCCAGUCACAACUCCCUGUGGUCACACAUUUUGUAAAAACUGCAUCGAGAGGAGUCUGGACCACAAUCUCCGUUGUCCACUCUGCAAACAGCCACUUCAAGAGUAUCUAAAAAAUAGGAAAUACAGCCCCACAGUUCUGCUUCAGGACAUCAUGUCCUGCCUUUUCCCCUCACAGCUGGCUGAGAGGAAACAGGUGCACGAGGCUGAAAUGGCUGAACUGUCCAAUCUUAAUAAGGACAUCCCCAUAUUUGUUUGCACGGUUGCUUACCCUGGUAUCCCCUGCCCCCUGCACAUCUUUGAGCCUCGAUAUCGACUGAUGAUGCGUCGCUGCAUGGAGACCGGAACCAAGAAAUUUGGCAUGUGCAGUUAUGAGCCUGGCAAAGGGUUUGCAGACUAUGGCUGUAUUCUGGAGAUUCACACACUUGAGCUGCUGCCUGACGGGCGGUCAUUUGUGGACACUGUGGGAGGCAGCAGAUUCCGGGUGCUAAAGAGAGGUCAGAGAGAUGGCUACCACACGGCUGAUAUAGAAUACCUCGAGGACAUCAAGGUCGAUGGUAGCGACUUAGAGGACUUGCAGUGUCUCCAUGACAGCGUGUAUCAGCAGGCUCAGGACUGGUACCAGCGCAUGAGCAGCCGUAUUCGAGAGCAGAUCGACAAACAGUAUGGCACCAUGCCAGAUAAGGAGGACAACAUUCAGGCCUCGUCCAAUGGUCCAGCCUGGUGCUGGUGGCUGCUGUCUGUCCUCCAGCUGGACCCUGCAUAUCAGACCACCAUCCUAUCCCUGAACUCACUCAAAGACCGUUUAGGACACCUCCGCCUCGUUCUUGAGUAUUUCUCUCAGAGCUAGAUCCCACAGCUCAGAGGGAUCGUGGUACCACAGCCAGCUGGGACUCUAAAUGUUUUGUGCACACAGAUAAAUGGAUUAAAACCAAUGACCGCACUGGUGCCAAAAAGCUUAAGUUUUUUUAGUUUUUUUUUAAAUUACUCUGAAUCAUAGAGGGACUGUUUUUAAAGAUUUAGGGCAAAUCACCUUUGUGAAAAGGGGGAAGGUUGUGAUUUGCUUACAACAGUGCAGCUGUACAGGGUGGUGUUGUUUUUUGUUUUUUUUCCUGUUUACAUCCGUUUAACAUUUUCUUCCCUGUGAAUUUUGAGAUUUCAGAAAAAGAUUCUGGAUACACGCUGUACUGUAAAAACUGCAGGGAUGACCAAAGAUGCUUAUUAUUUAUGGUCAGGAAAAGUAAAGUGGUGAAUUAUUACUAUUAUUAUUAUUAUUAUUAUUGUUGUUAGUGGAUCAACCAAGAAUGUUGAUUUUCUAAGAAACAAUACUUUAAAUCAACACUGGGUGUCACAGUUCCCCCCCCCCCACCAUUUAUUACACAUGUGAACAUGAAACAACAUAACUUGAGCUGGUAAAGUUCAGUGCACAUUUCCUAGCACUGUUGUUUAUUCUCUUUUUAAAUAAGACUCUUUGAAGUGAAAUAGCUAAAUUUGGAGUGAGACAACACAUCGAAAGCACAAUCUGUGCAGAAAUAUUAAGGACUAUGCACAUCAGAAUAUUUUAAUUGAUGUAUUUUAGUAAUUAUCAUUUGCAGGUGAGGAUUACUGCUUGUGUUUCAGUGACAGCAACUGUCUGUGAUUCAUAAUUUUUAUGCUAUUGAUUAAGCCUAAAAUAUCCCUAUUUUGUAUUAGUAAAUAUUACAAUAAUGAUUUAAAGGGUCACUUGAAAUGACAGCAACCGGGGGCGAUGUUUUUACACAUUAUUGAAUCUUUGGAUAAUGGAUAAUCUUUGGGGAAGUAGAAGUCUUUCAGAUGGGGGUCACUGAGUGAGCUAUUUUGUGUGAUGCUGUAUGUCGAUGCUCGAGUGGAUUCAGCACUAUAAGUGGGGUUGUGUGCCAAGUGUAAAGAAGGAGUUAUAUUUGUCAGACGCCACCUUCAUAAGUGGAUAGGGUACUGUGUUAGCACUGUGUUGUCGUGUUUGCGUUCAAACACAAGAAUGCUCUCUUGCAUGAAAGCAGAUGUGAAAUAUUCUCUUAUUGGGUGUGAUUUGGGCUGAGUCACAGUGCCUCUGCAGGCUGCCAUAACUACCUGUGCCCCCCCCCCCCCCCAUUCUGUCUUGGUGUGUGUGUGUGUGUGUGUGUGUGUGUUUGGCCCCUCUAACACUAGUCUUGGUGCUUCUGAGCGCCUGCGCCAACUCAGCAGAAGACCUGCAAGUCUUAAAAGUUUCUCCUCACUGCGUGAACUGUGUGGGCUUUUGUCAUUGUCAUGUUUUUAUUGCUUCAGUGCAACAUUCCUUAAAAGAUUGAACCUGCAAUUUAAUGAUAAUUUGUAAAGGAACAUGGGUGUAACUGUUGAACAUCUGAGACAUGUGCCAUUAGAAAUUGAUCUUUGGAACUUACAUUUCUGUGUAAUGUGUUACUUUCUGCAUCCAUGAGUCUGCAGGGGUUCUGUAGACUGUAUACAAGAAAUGAACAAACUCCUGUUAUGAAUCCACGGACUGAUGCCACGUCAGUUUUUGAAACUGGAAAUUCACAGGGGUCACCUGCACCCAUUUGCCCUAUUGAAUGCGAAUAGCCAUCAAUCCCAAUGGUGUCCUCUCAUAUGUGCCAUAAUGUGAAGUCAAUUUCCUCUAAAUGGGAACAUAAUCUACAAAAUUGACAACUGAUCCUGUGCUAUUGAAGAAGAUGCAAAACUAGCAGUUGAGGCCACAAAUUUCUCCUUUAAGUAUUAAAUUAAAGGAUAAAUAGAAGCUUAUUUUCCCAUAACCUUCCAUUUACCCGAGUUCUCUUUGCAGGCAGUAGAGUCGCCCCCUACUGGCCAAAUGCUACUUCCAUCUUGUCCAUUUUUGAUGUAGACUCCAUAAGGGGUUUAUGAGGGUUUGCAUGAUGUAAAUUUCCCAUCAAUGCGUGUCUGCGAGGUUCCACAGGGAUGUCUGCCUACUCCCGUCUUUAUUGACCACAACAUUACGAUGGCACUAACCGUGUCUGCUUUCUUCCAAGUGGACCAUAAAGAAUUAUAAUAACUCCGCGUCUACAGCUGUCCACAGCUAUUUGCGUGCAUGUCUGCAAGCAAGUGUAACUGAGGCCUUAAAAAGAAUAGUUUGCUUAAUCAUAAACUGUGAUGUGUUUUGUCUACAUCACAGACUGAACCACGGCUUUGACCAACUUAUCACUUAAAGUUUAAUUUGUCCAUCAAUCACACAGAUGCAUCAAAAUCGAACUAACAAGCUACAGCAACGUGUCCCAGUCAAGGACAAAUAGCAGUCUGGUUGUUUACCUGAAUGAGAGCCUUAACUCUGAACUAAGACUUAGUGAAGUUACAGAAAAUGAACCUUGUUUUUACAGUUUCAUAAGAUGGGUUGAAUGAUUUUGACAUUUUUGAAGCCGUCUGAGACUUGAAUGUGCAGGUUUCCUUAACAUCUCUAAACUCUCUAAAAGCUGCUGGUUUGCAUCAUCAUCAUAAAUGUCAAUUUCAGAUAAUAUAAUAAAGGGAUGGAAUAUUU